CAACCCACCUGUACUCAAGAACUCUCAGCUGUCCAGAUGUCGCGGAGCAUCUCACAGAUCUGUCUGCUGGCCCUGAUGUCACUGCUGCUGCUCUUCUCUCCUCUUGGAUGGAGCAAAGACGGACAAACCCCAGGAUGCCACCUAUACCCCAUCAACGUGACCAUUCGCAGCGACCGUCGUGGCACUUGUAAAGGAACCCAUCUGGUGUACGCCUGCGUGGGCUACUGCGAGUCCAGCGCUUUCCCGUCCAGAUACUCGGUACUGGUAGCCUCCAACUUCACGCACAACAUCACCUCCGCAUCGCGCUGCUGCACCAUCAGCAAGGAUGCCAAGGUCAAAGUUCGCCUGGACUGCCCGCGAGGUCGGCACUACGACGAAAUCGAGAUCCUGACGGCAAAGGCGUGUCGCUGCGACAUGUGCCGCAAAUCCCGCUACUGAUAUUUCAUCACUGCAGGACCAAACGCUGCGCCGGAUGAAAAGCAGAUUAGAGUUUACGGAGUUAAACAAAACUACUUCAGCAGAAUCUUCUCCACUUCUGUCCAUUUGCUUUGAAUUCUAGAAAUCUGUUAAACUCAUCAAACUGAAAAUCCACAACAGUGUCCCUAAUUUUUUAAAAUAU